AUGUACUUGCCUCGUCACUACGACACGGACAGGCCGACGCCUUUGAUUCUGGCCUUUCACGCCCAUCGCGAGGACGCCGACGAGAUGAACGAGAAGACGCGAUUCACCAAUUGGAGGUUCAACCCGACCUUUGCAGUGCACUACCUGCAAGCUCGAAGGAAACGCUGGCUCGCUGGUGAAGACCACGCCGAGAUGGAGUCCCCAGACUUCAACUACACGCGGACCGUCCUCGACUACACCAUGAACCACUACUGCAUCGACGUCGACCGCGUGUUCCUAGUCGGUGAGUCCGAGGGCAGCGGCUUCGCCAACAUCCUCGCCUGCGACCCGCGCUUCAGCUACCACUUCGCCGGCAUGGCGCUCUCCGGCGUCCACGCGCACGGCGAGCUAGAUCUCGACUUCUGCAAGGACGCGCGGCUACCGAUGCCCGUGCUCGAGGCGCACGGCACCAUCGACGAGCGCGCCUCGUACUGGGGCGACCGGAAGCGCCGCCUGCUGCCCGUGCCCGCCUGGAUCCAGCGCUGGGUGCGCCGCAACGGCUGCGACCCCGUGGCCCGCCGCGGAUACCUCAACAGCGAGCGGUUCCAGUGGGACAGGUACACAUGCCAGGGCCAGCUGGGAUACGUCGAGCACAUCAAGCUCAGCGAAUGGGAGCACCUCUGGCCGACUCAGGACGUCUGGGGCCGCGGCCUGAGCUUCUCGCGGCCCGCGCUGUGGUUCCUCCAGCGGUGGGUGAGGCCGGGGAACUUGACGAUUCCACUCAAGGCCGGUAACAAUUUUGACACGUUUGGGCACGAGCGUGCGAUUAAGUACAUUCUUUCUGGCAACGAUGGGACGCCAAGCAGCAAUAGGAUUCCAGGCAACAAUAGGACUUGGGGCAACCAUACGACUCUGGGCAACCAUGCAACCUGGAGAAACGAUACAAUCUUCAGCAACGAUACAAUCUUGGCAAACUAG